AUGCCUCGAAAUUGGCGCACUACACUCUUCCUUGCUACACAAACGGGCACACAACCUGAUGAGGUGAUCUACCCUGCUCUCUCGGACGAAUUCGAAUCUCCCAGUCUCGACAAUGUGCCCUUAGAUCCUAUAUGGUACAAAUCGCCGGACUCUUCACGACAAAAUGUGUCAGAUACUCACCUCACGUUGAUGAAGAUCAGGCGGAUGCAGCGCCGUGAGAAGGAGCGUGCUCGAGAAGAGCCCGAAGUGAUGGAGGAGGAGUCGCUCGCAAAUUCGCUUGCGGCUAUUAGCAUCGACUCUGAAUCGAAUAACGUGCAGGAGAAGUCAUCCUCGGUUCGUUCCUUCACGAGUACGUUCAAGCCACAGUAUGGUACACGGGCGCUAACGGGCAACGUUCUGGAGCCAGAAGCUCAUCCAUCCCUAGGGGAUUCUGCUUCAAACGCUAGCUCUGAGAGGAGAAGCAGUCAAGGUACGUCUGUCUUCAUUCCCGCGUACCUCAUCAUAUACCGAUCCGUUUUUUUCCGACCCAGCCCGACGGAACAGAAAUUAUCAUCCCUAUCAGUACCGUCAGCCAUCAGUAACCCAGGACGAGGGACAUUCGCCAUGAUCCUCUAUGCCUCGUUUACUCUCCAUGGAAUGUUUACCUACAAUUGGUAA